AUGCUGAAAAUCCAAGGAAGCAGUCUUUGGGCUGCCCUGGGCAUCCUGCUCAUCCACUUGGUGGGAGGAGCGCCCAACAACUGCCUGGACAGCGGCUGGUGCCGAGACACGGAGACAGAAGCGGAGGUCGAGGUAAGUGGGCAGGGCGGAGGGGAGGGGGCCGUCGCGGGUCUUGGAGAAGCACUUGGAACUCCCUGCCACAAGAUACGGCGAUGGCUGCUUGGCUUGGGUGCCUUUGAAAGGGGGGUGAGGCACACUUGUAGAGGAGGAAAGGCCCAUCAGCAGCGAUAGCAAAGGGGAGCCUCCCUGCUCAGUGUCUUGCUGUUGUUUAGUCAUUUAGUCAUGUCCGACUCUUCGUGACCCCCUGGACCAGAGCACGCCAGGCACUUCUGUCUUCCACUGCCUCCCACAGUUUGGUCAGACUCAUGCUGGUAGCUUCGAGAACACUGUCCCACCAUCUCCUCCUCUUUCGUCCCCUUCUCCUUGUGCCCUCCAUCUUUCCCAACAUCAGGGUCUUUUCCAGGGAGUCUUCUCUUCUCAUGAGGUGGCCAAAGUACUGGAGCCUCAGCUUCAGGAUCUGUCCUUCCAGUGAGCACUCAGGGCUGAUUUCCUUCAGAAUGGAUCGGUUUGAUCUUCUUGCAGUCCAUGGGACUCUCAAGAGUCUCCUCCAGCAUCAGAAUUCAAAAGCAUCAAUUCUUCGGCGAUCAGCCUUCUUUAUGGUCCUCUAAAAACAGUUAAGAGCACAGGAAGGUGCCUUGCAAUGAGUCAAACCAUUACUCCACCUAACCCUAACUCAGUAUGGCUUAGGGCCCUCAUAUCUACGGGACCGCCUCUCCUGGUAUGCCCCGCAGAGGAUCUUAAGGUUCAUGAAUAAUCAUAGUUUAGAGGUCCCGGGCCUUAAGGAAGUCAAACUAUCCUCCACCAGGGCCAGGGCCUUCUCAGUGAUGGCUCCGACCUGGUGGAACGCUCUGUCCCAUGAGACCAGGGCCCUGCAGGAUUUAACCUCAUUCCGCAGGGCCUGUAAGACAGAACUAUCCCGCCUGGCUUUCAAUUUGAAUUUAGCCUGAUCUUUUAUUCCCCUUCCUUCCCUCCCCCUCCCCUUUUAUGAAGAUCACCCACUCUGGGAUCCCACAGCUAAUUCUCCCCUGCUCUCCCUGCUGGCCCAAGUAGGACUAAUUUAGCCAGCUAGCCCUGUUGACCAUCUAACGUUUAUUGGAUGGAUUUCCCCCCUAAAUUGAUUUUUGAAUUCUGAAUUUAUUGCUAUUCACAUUUUAUACUGUAUUUUAUGCUGUUUUUUGUUGCAUCAAUUAAGCAACAAAAAGUUGCACUGAGAAGGCCCUGGCCCUGGUUGAGGCUAAUCUGACUUCCUUAGGGCCCGGGACCUCAAGGGUGUUGCUAUUUAUGGAUGUUAAGGUCUUCCGUGGGGCAUACCGGGAGAGGCGGUCCCGUAGGUACGAGGGUCCUAGGCCGUGAAGGUGUUUAAAGGUCAAGACCAGCACCUUAAAUCUGACCCUGUACUCCACUGGGAGCCAGUGCAGCUUGAAAAGCACUGGGUGAAUCUGCUCCCAUGGCAGGGACCCCGUGAGGAGCCUCGCUGCAGCAUUCUGCACCCGCUGGAGUUUCUGGGACAGCUUCAAGGGCAGCCCCGCGUGGAGCAAAUUACAGUAGUCAAGCCUGGAGGUGACUGUAGAGUUGGAAGGUACCCUGUGGGCCAUCUAGUCUGACCCCCUGCAAUGCAGGGAUCUCAGCCCAGCCUCCCAGCCUCUGCUUAAAAGGAAAAAGAUUCCGCCACCUCCCGAGGAAGUCUGUUCCACUGCUGAGUGGCUCUUUCUGCCAGAAAGUUCUUCCUGAUUUGUUGCAGGAAUCUCCUUUCCGGUAACUUGAAGCCAUGGGUUCAGGUCUUGACCCAGGAGAAAACAAGCUUGUUCCCUCUUCCACAGAAGCCUAGUUUGGGCCUGAGACAGCAGUUCCUUACUUUUAUUUUUAUUUUUUAUAUACAGUUUUAUUGAUUUUUUUAACAUCUCAGUUCCCACAGUCAUACAACAUAACUUCUCAUCUUAUACAAUGUUUUUAGACUUCCAUCAACACUUCUGAUAAUUUUCCAUCUCUAUCGCUUAUUAUGCAUUUCUUAAUUUCUAUAUUACAUUUAAUUAUCCUUAACUAAUAAUUCUCCUCAUUAUAUUUCUUGCAAUAUUUCAAAUAAUUCACCUUACAAAACUUCUUGCAAUCCUACUAGCGUAAUCUGUUCAUCACAAUUGCUUUUCAAAUAGUAAAUUUACUCCAGUCUUCUGAGAAUCUCUGGUCCCGCAGCUUUCAAAUCCUUCCUGUUAAUUUAUCUAACUCUGCCUAGUCCAUCAGUUUCACCCUCCAUUCUUCUUUCGUUGGUAGUUCUUCUUGAGCAGCUGCUUUGAAAGCCAAGGCGCAGCCCAGGAACCUUGCAGAAUAUUAAUAAAGCCUUCCCUAAAUGCAAUCUGUAAAUUCAAAGAUUUCUGUGCUUGUUUUUUUUUUAAAAAAUAAAUAUUUAGCGUUAAUUGAGAAUUUUCAGUUAGGAAAUUAAGUGAAAGGAAAGGAGAGAAGAAGAAAAAAUACUUGAAAUAAUGAUUCAGUACCUAAUAGAGUGGAACCUUGAUUCCCGAAUGGCUGAGUUGCCAAAUAAAUUGGCUCCAAGUGUCCAGGUUUGCGAACAUUUUUCGGAAGCUCAACUUCUGACACGGCUUCCGCUUGAGUUCAGGAAGCUUCUGCAGCCAGCUGGAAGCCGCGCCUUGGUUUUUGAAUGGUUUCAGGAGUCGAACGGACUCCCAGAAAGGAUUGAGUUUGAGAGCCAGGGUACCACUGUACAGGUACUGGCAUCCCCCUGACCUGUGUGCAAUCGACUUUGCACAGUUGCAUAUUUGUGCCUCGCUGGGAAAUAAAUACAGUGGACGCCUGGGUUGCAAACGUGAUCUGUGCAGGAUGCACAUUUGCAACUCGCAGCAAUGCGUCUGUGCACACGUGGGUUGCAAUUCGGCGCUUCUGCACAUGCACAAAGUGCAAUUUAGCAUAUGCGCGGCCACCAAAACCUGGAACUAACCUGUUCUGGUACUUCCAGGUUUCGGCAGUUCGUAACCUGAAAAAAACGCAACCUGAAGCAUCUGUAACCUGAGGUAUGACUGUUUGUUGUUUAGUCGUUUAGUUGUGUCCAACUCUUCAUGACCCCAUGGACCAGAGCACACCAGGCACUCCUGUUUUCCACUGCCUCCCACAGUUUGGUCAAACUCAUGCUGGUAGCUUCCAGAACACUGUCCCACCAUCUCGUCCUCUGUCGUCCCCUUCUCCUUGUGCCCUCCAUCUUUCCCAACAUCAGGGUCUUUUCCAGGGAGUCUUCUCUUCUCAUGAGGUGGCCAAAGUACUGGAGCCUCAGCUUCAGGAUCUGUCCUUCCAGUGAGCACUCAGGGCUGGUUUCCUUCAGAAUGGAGAGGUUGGAUCUUCUUGCAGUCCAUGGGGCUCUCAAGAGUCUCCUCCUGCCCCAGAAUUCAAAAGAGACCCGACUUACAGCAGGGCUUUGUUUAGGGUGCUCAGUCUCCCCACCUAACGGCCAAUGUACGGGGGAGCGCAGCAGCAGCUUUUCUGCUCAUCUUCCAACCUCCUGCCAGCGCCAGAGCUUCAAUUCCAGUUGUGGAUAUUUUUGGCACAGUCUUUUUUGGCACAGAUCGCAGAGAGAGUGGCAGGGCAGGCAUUAAAAGAGUGUUUAGAGGGUGCUCCCUACUUUUGCCGUUUUCGCUCCUGCAUGCAGGGUGCUAGAACGCAACACUCGUGUAAGUGGAGAGACUCCUGUACGUAAGUAAUAGAAUCAUUCCAACAAAUGAAAAAUCAUUAACAAGUCGUCAUAAUUCCUAUGUGGGGGAUAAAAUCGUGAUAUGGAAUUAUGAAAACACUGGUGAGAGAUAAGAGACAGGACUGUGAUUUGGAAAAUGUUUCGGAAUUCAGACCGUGGGAAGUUGUGAAAUUAAGAUUAUAAUUUGGAAGACAAUUGGACUUUUUUAUUUUAGUUUUUUAGUUUUACAGUGGUGUCUUGGGUUACAUACGCUUCAGGUUACAAACGCUUCAGGUUACAGACUCCGCUAACCCAGAAAUAGUACCUCGGGUUAACACUUUGCUUCAGGAUGAGAACAGAAAUCGUGUUCCGGCAGCACGGCGGCAGCGGAGGCCCCAUUAGCUAAAGUGGUGCUUCAGGUUAAGAACAGUUUCAGGUUAAGAACGGAAAUCCAGAAUGAAUUAACCCGAGGUACCACUGUAUUGGAUUGUGAUUUGAUAUGUUAAUUGGAUUUUCUUUUUGGAAAAUUAAUAAACACUUUAACAAAAAAUACAACACGUCAGUAUAAUUCCUAUCAAUGCAUCCCAAACACCGUCGAAUUUAUCCCUACACAAUCUGCGUCUAAAAGCAGCAAUCCGUUUGUAUAUUGCCAGAAUUGUCGUAUCUUCUCCCCAUUGAUCGAAGGGGGGCAUGAGAUCAUCUUUCCAGUGAACCAAUAUCGGUAUUUCUGUGCUUAAACCUAGCAGCUCGAAAGCAUGCCAGUGAAAGUAGCUAAAUAGGUACUGCUGUGGCAGGAAGGUAAACAGCGUUUCCGGACACUCUGGCUUCCAUCACGGUGUCCCGUUGCGCCAGAAGCGGUUUAGUCAUGCUGGCCACACGAUCUAGAAAGCUGUCUGUAGUCAAACGCUGGCUCUGUUGGCCUGAGAAGCGAGACAAGCAUAGUCGCCCUUGACUGGAAUUAACCAUCCAGGGGUCCUUUACCUUUUUAUUUUAGUAGGGCUGUCAUAUGUCUGGAAUUUCCCAGGCACUGCCAUGAUUCGUCCGUCAAAAAUUGAAAUUGAAUUGAAAUACUUUAUUGUCACUUGUACAACUUGUAUACAGUGAGAUUACACCAGCAUCCCCCACUCAGCUCUCUUAGGCUUAAUUCCCCUCGUUUACUGACGCACACCCACCAAACCCGAAAGUCAGUUGCCCUGUUGUUAUCUUUUCAUUCAGCAGUCUAACAGCCCAGGGACAGAAGCUGUUCUUUACCCUGUUGGGGUGACUAAUCCUGCUUCUAUAUUUUUUGCUCGAGGGCAGGAGAUCAAGAAAGUGCUGGCCCGGGUGUGAAUAAUCAUCCCUGAGAAUUUUCCUCACUCUCCUGAGGCAACGUUCUUCCGCUAUUUCAUCCAGCGGAUUCAUGGGACAGCCCAUAAUAUCUUGCACUGUAUUCACCAUCCUCUGUAGGUACUUCCUAUCAGUUGGUGUCAAACCAGUGUACCACACCGUGACGCAGUAGGAAAGGACAUUUGAAAUGGCGUCUAGUUUGAAUUUUCGGUAAAAAUGUCCUGGGGAAACCCGGGCGAGUGGCAGCCCGCAUGAUUUUUUUCUGGGCAAAUUUCCUAAAAACUUCAUUUUGUUUUUGGAGAUUUCCCAGAAAAUAAUAUUAAUAAUAAUAAUUAAUAAUUUAUUAUUUAUACCCUGCCCAUCUGGCUGGGCUUCCCCAGCCACUCUGGGCGGCUUCCAAAUAAAUAUUAAAAUACUGUAAUACAUCAAACAUUAAAAGCUUCCCUAAAGAGGGCUGCCUUCAGAUGUCUUCUAAAAGUCUGGUAGUUGUUUUUCUCUUUGACAUCUGGUGGGAGGGCAUUCCACAGGGCGGGUGCCACCACCGAGAAGGCCCUCUGCCUGGUUCCCUGUAACUUGGCUUCUCGCAGCGAGGGAAGCGCCAGAAGGCCCUCAGUGCUGGACCUCAGUGUCCAGGUAGGACGAUGGGGGUUAACAACUUUGCCAAAUAAAGCUCAACAACGACCUGACGGCUAACCACAAGGGUCUCCAUCCUCUGUCCCCUUUCUUCAUUGCAGGAAUGCCUCAGGGCCUGCAAAACCAGCCUCUCAGAAGAAACCCCUGUUUUCCCCGGAAACGGCCACCUGCAGCCGCUGUCCGAGAGCAUCCGCAAGUACGUCAUGAGCCAUUUCCGCUGGAACGAGUUCGGGAAGGGCAACGGCACCGACCCGGGCCACAAGCGGGAAGAGUUUCCUCACGGUCCCGCCAUGGAUGCCCUUCCGGCUCGAGGCAGCUGGGAAACCGCUGGGCAGGGCGACCCGGAGACCCCUGAGAGGCAGGAAGGCAAGCGGUCGUACGCCAUGGAGCACUUCCGCUGGGGUAAGCCGGUGGGGCGGAAGAGGAGGCCCGUCAAGGUCUACCCGACGGCGGAGGACGGAGAGGAGGAGCUAGCCGAGAGCUACCCCCAGGAGUUCCGCAGGGACCUCUCCUGGGAGGCGAACCCCGAACUCGGCUCCCCCGAGGAGAACGGCGAGGGCACCCGGUCCGAGGAGGAGGAGGAAGAGGGUGGUGGCCCGCGACCCUGGGAGGCCAAGAAGGACGGCACGGCCUACAAGAUGCGCCACUUUCGGUGGAAUGUCCCCGCACCGCCCAAGAAGAAGCGCUAUGGCGGCUUCAUGAGCCCCGAGCGCAGCCACACGCCCCUAGUGACUCUUUUUAAGAACGCCAUCGUCAAAACGGCCUACAAGAAAGGCCAAUAG